AUGCGUAUGUGGCUGUCGAUCAAGAAAAUUCUACAUUACAAACAACGAGUGGGACUCGGCGAGUUCGGAAAUCCGAGAAUGCAGGUUGAGGGGUUAGACGAUCCUGUAGAUCCAGCACCCACGAAUGGGAAUGUGGCUGGUGACAAUGCAGACCAAUUCGACGGAAAUCCUCAACAAGUUAAUGAGGUGCAAAAUGCGAGGUAUGAAGCUGAUGCCCAAUUUCCUGCCCAAGGAAACAAUGAUAUUCAUCAUAACGAGCAAAACAAUGAAAACUUUCUUGAGAAUCAAUAUCAAUAUACUGUGGAUCGGCAAAGUGGAAACUCGGACACCGUCCCCAAUGAUUUUUCCGAUCAAUACUUUUACGAGGGAUCGAACGAGAACAAUCAUCCGAGCACUUCAACGAGCAUUCCAUAUCACGAAGCGCCUUCAACUUCUAACAAUAUUCGAUUGAAACGGCAUAUAUUCAGCCAAUCAGGAGAACAAGAAAACGGUUAUGAAUCAUUUGAUCAGCCGGAAGUAUCGUACCCGAAGAAAUACCGUGUUGUUGUACUGAAACAGGGAAAUAAUACAAACCUGGGUUCAAAUCAAGACGCUAUGUAUGAUACUCCGAGCACUUCUUCUGAUAUCCCAGGAUCUGGAAGAUAUUCAAAACCAACAACUACUUCACAAAAUGCUCAAAUGGAAGGAUUUAUUUCUGGAACUGCCGGUCUGAAUCUCCGUCAGCAACAGCUCCAAGAGAGACUUGUGGACUCUUCAAACUUAAGGACUAACUAUGAAACUGCUUCAACUAAUGUACCAUAUUUUGGGAAGAAGAGUAAUCUAAACACACAGUUGCAAAGACAAGGGCAUACUCAUGGAGCUACCGAUAAGCCAAGAAUAUUGAAUCUGAAAAGAUAUGCUCCUAACCAAUCGGUUGCUGGGAAUCCUACGAAUCGGUAUCUGAAUACACAUCAACAAAAUAUCCAAAGCAGAAUUGGAGAUCAUGAAGUCAAUGAACGAGGACCAUCCGAACCGAAUAGAGAAGUCAACGCUUCCAACUUCAGUUACAUGAAUAUAGAAGACUAUCAAGAAUUCAUGCGUUACGGAGAAACUAUGACUGAGUUUUUAAAUCGCCUAAAUGAAAAACGUAAAGCAGUCGGAUUCAAAGAGGCUCAAAUUUCGUCCGCUGUCUAUAUGAGAGUUCGUUUGAAUUCGAUGAGUGAAAAGACUGGAAGUCGACUUCAAAAUCCGAGGCGUCCCAUUUUGAAGUAUAUUCCUCCAACGUUUAAAACGAUGUCAAAAGCCAAACUUAUGACGACUCCUGAGUUUCUUCGGCACACCCAGAGAGCGCGGAACGCCGCUCCGUUCAUCGAAACUACAGAAAAUCUCCGACCAUUUUUCGACGCGUUGUAA